UAAAGAAAUGCCACACCACGUCUAAAGCACCCAACGACUCAAAUGAAUUUGUCCUCCUUUAUAAGUUAUAAGAGAGGCUGAAACUAACUGAAGUGCGUUAUAAAAGAUCACCAAGGAAAAAAAAAGCUAUACCAGUGAAGAUCGAGAUGAAGGUGGUGGUAAGAGAAUCAAUCAUGGUGAGACCCGCAGAGGAGACACCAAUCAUAAAGCUAUGUACCUCUAGCCUCGAUCGCAAUACCCCGAAUAGUCACACACUAACGGUGUAUUUUUACCGGCCCAAUGAUGCUGCCAACUUCUUUGAUACAAAAGUGAUGAAGGACGCUUUGAGUAAGGCUUUAGUUACGUUUUACCCACUGGCAGGACGAUUUAAACUAGGUGAAGAUGGUCGGGUUGAGAUUGAUUGUCUAGGACAAGGGGCGUUGUUUUUGGAAGCCGAGUCGGAUGGCAUUAUAGAUGAUUUUGGUAACUUUGUGCCCACAUCAGAGUCCUUGAAGCUCAUUCCUAUGGUCGAUUCCUCGCUGGGAAUUGACUCAUAUCCGCUAUUAAUCUCCCAGGUAACAUACUUUAAAUGUGGUGGGGUUUCGCUAGGAGUUGGUUUGCACCAUCAUGUGGUGGAUGGGUGGUCCUCGUUGCACUUCAUGAACACAUGGUUUAAUAUAGCUCGAGGUCUUGACAUCACUCUCCUACCCGUCAUAGACCGGGCCCUACUCCGACCACGGGGCCCACCACAACCAAUUUUUGAGCACGUUGAAUAUCACCCGGAUCCAACACUGAAGUCACCACUACAGGUCCCAUUAGAUAAAACCAAAACAAUCAACUCAGUUUUCAAGUUAACACGAGACCAACUCAAUGUGAUGAAAGCAAAAUCAAAGGAAGAUGGUAACACAAUCAACUACAGUUCUUUUGAAAUUCUCUCGGCCCAUGUCUGGAAGUGCGUGUGUAAAGCUCGUGGGCAGCCAGACGAUCAAGACACCAGGAUCAUAAUCCCAACCGAUGGACGAUCUCGCUUUCAACCACCACUUCCACCGGGCUAUUUCGGAAAUGCUAUCUUCAGAGCCACCACCAUACUGACAGAGGGCGAAAUUCGGUCAAAACCCACCUGGUACACUGCAAGUAAAAUCCAUAAUGCGUUAGUGAAUAUGAAUAGCAAUUAUCUAAAAUCAGCACUGGAUUAUCUGGAACAACGCCAACACCUUGAUCAUAAGCCUGAGGCCCCUUCUUAUAACUACACGAACCUUAUUAUAGUAAGCUGGGCUAGGCUCCCGAUCUACAACGCUGACUUCGGAUGGGGACGGCCCAUCUUUCUUGGGCCUGCACUGAUCCCGUUAGAAGGUUUGUGUUUUGUGUUACCAAGCCCGAUAAAUGACGGAAGCUUAUCCAUCUUCAUUAGGCUAGAUGUUGAACAGAUGAAGCUUUUCAGGGACUUCUUUUAUGUGAUCUGAAAUUAAUGUUGGAUAAGUUUCUUGUGUGUUUUCAUUGCAUGCAACGAUAAUUUAUCUU